AUGGAGAGCUCUCUGCCUGCCGCCGGCUUCCUGUACUGGGUGGGCGCGGGCGCCGUGGCCUACCUGGCUCUGCGCAUCUCGUGCUCGCUCUUCACGGCCCUUCGGGUCUGGGGUUUGGGUCACGAGCCGGGGGUCGGACCGGGGCUCGGUGAAUGGGCAGUUGUCACGGGUAGUACUGACGGAAUUGGAAAAUCAUAUGCAGAAGAGUUAGCAAAGCGUGGAAUGAAGAUUGUCCUUAUCAGCAGAUCACAGGACAAACUGAACCAGGUUUCCAGUGAAAUAAGAGAAAAAUUCAAAGUAGAAACAAAGACCAUUGCUGUUGACUUUGCAUCAGAAGAUAUUUAUGAUAAAAUUAAAACAAGCCUGGCAGGUCUUGAAAUUGGUGUUUUAGUGAACAACGUGGGAAUGUCAUAUGAGUAUCCGGAAUACUUUUUGGAUGUUCCUGACUUGGACAGUACCAUCAAGAAACUGAUAAAUGUUAAUGUUCUUUCUGUUUGCAAGAUGACAUGGUUGGUACUGCCUGGCAUGGUAGAAAGAUCUAAAGGGGCAAUUCUGAACAUCUCCUCUGCCAGUGGCAUGUGCCCAGUUCCACUGUUGACCAUGUACUCUGCAACUAAGGCUUUUGUAGAUUUCUUCUCUAGGUGCCUCCAUGAAGAAUAUAAGAGCAAGGGCAUCUUUGUGCAGAGUGUCCUGCCCUACUUUGUAGCUACGAAACUGGCUAAAAUUCGAAAGCCAACUUUGGAUAAGCCCUCUUCAGAGACGUUUGUGAAGUCUGCCAUUAAAACCGUCGGCGUGCAAUCCCGAACCAACGGAUACCUGAUCCAUUCUCUUAUGGCCUCAGUAAUCUCAAGCCUGCCUUCCUGGUUGUAUUUUAAAUUGACCAUGAAUUUAGGCAACUCCACCCGGGCUCGCUAUCUGAAGAAAAUUAAGAAGAACUAA